AUGGUGAUGACCCUAAUUAAAGGCCCGGUGUUAUUUGGUGUCAGUGGAGGAAACAACAACAAUAAUCAUGAUGGAGUAUCACAUGUUUUAUUUGGAUCCAUAUUCAUUUUUGCAGGAUGUCUGGGUUGUGCCAUCUUUGUGAAUCUACAAGCUAUUACAUUAAAGUCUUAUCCAGCAACACUCUCCUUGACCUCAUUGGUAUGCUUGAUGGGUGCCGUAGAAGGUCUAGGAAUGACUUUUAUCAUGGAGGAAACACACUUUAAUGCUGCUUGGUUGGUUUUCAAGUGGGACAUGAAUUUGUUGUCGGCUAUUUAUGCGGGGAUAGUUUGCUCCGGCAUUGGAUAUUUUCUUGAGGGAGUGAUUAUGAAAGAAAAAGGACCUGUUUUUCUUACCACCUUCAAUCCAUUAUGCAUGGUAAUAGCUGCUGUGGUGAGUUUCUUCUUAUUUGGGGUGGAAAUCCUACUUGGAAGGGCAAUUGGAGCAUUUAUAGUAUGUCUGGGAUUAUUCAGUGUAGUUUGGGGUAAGAGUGGCGAUAUCAAUAACUCGUCACGUGCAAAGGAUGAAAUGAAUUCUGAAGAGUUGAAAGAGGCACAUUGUGAAAAUUCAGGAGACGAGUUGAGAGAGACACACCGUGAAAAUUCAGGAGACGGGUUGAGAGAGACACACCGUGAAAGUUCAGGAGACGAAAUUACAGUUGAGUUGGUCUAG